AAUAUAUCCAAAAAUGAACUAAAACACUACUCUGGAAAUAUUAAAUAUAGAAAACCAAAGAAUUGGAACAGUUCAUCGGGAAGGGUUUUGGGACCCUAGAGAAUCCAUGGCUAUCACUCUCACUAAUUUCACUUUUCUCUAUAUGGAUGCAAACCUGAAACGUUUAGGCGACAUAGUUUUAGGGUUUGGAGCAAAUGUAGUUACUCUUCUUCUGAUUCUGAUUCUCACCAUAACGAGAAGAAAUGGUAGAUGUAACAGAAGGAAAAGCUACAUUGAGAAGUGUUUGUUGUAUGUAACACCUGCACUUGGAGCUUGUUUGUCAUGUGUGGACUUGGUGUUACUUGUGAGAACAAACCGUAGGAGAGAAGUCAUUCUCUGUUUUGUCCCCUUGUCUGGUUUCGUAAUGUGGAUUGCCGUCAUCCUCUCAUUGAAGUUUGCUUGUUGUGCGUGCCACGUUUUCACUAGCCAGAUUCUAUGUUUCUGGUGGAUCUUUAGAUUCCUAACAGAUGCCCUUCAUCUUAACAUGAUUUUCACAUUACAGGAGAUUUGCCUCAUCAUGUUGGACAUUGCUUUUGGUAUCUCUAUUAAUGUCCUCAGGAUAAAGCAGGCACAUCCCAAAAUCAUUCCUUUGGAAGAUCCACUUAUUGAAGACGACGAUGAUCAAAAGCGCAUUGAGAAAAAUGGAAGCUGGUGGGACUUAUUCACUUUUGGGUACAUUGGUUCAAUAAUGAAACAUGGCUCGGUGAAGCAGCUAGAAUUGGAAAAUCUACUUACACUACCACCUGAAAUGGAUCCUUUUACAUGUUGUGAGAAUUUAUUGAGAUGUUGGCAACUUCAAGAGUGUAAUAAUUACUCAACUCCAUCACUAAUUUGGUCAAUAUAUGGUGUAUAUGGAUGGCCAUAUUUUCGUCUUGGACUGUUAAAGGUGUUCAAUGAUUGCAUUGGAUUUGCUGGACCCUUACUUCUCAACAGACUUAUCAAGUAUCUUGAAAAAGGUUCAGGAAGUUCUGUUGGCUAUACACUUGCUAUCUCCUUGGGCUUCAUAUCUAUCUUUAAGUCUUUUCUUGAUACACAAUACACGUUUCGUCUUUCAAAGCUGAAACUCAAGCUACGGUCUAGUAUAAUGAGUGUCAUCUACAGGAAGUGUUUGUGGGUGAACACAGCAAACCGGUCAGGAUUUUCUGAAGGCGAGAUUCAAACAUUUAUGUCGGUAGAUGCUGACCGCAUUGUUAACUUGUGCAACAGUUUGCAUGACUUGUGGAGCCUGCCUUUGCAAAUUGGGAUAGCUUUGUAUCUUUUGUAUACUCAAGUCAAGUUUGCUUUUCUUUCUGGACUUGCAAUCACCAUCUUGCUGAUACCAGUGAAUAAAUGGAUAUCGGUGCUGAUUGCAUCUGCAACAGAGAAAAUGAUGAAGCUUAAAGAUGAGAGGAUUAGAAAAACAGGAGAGCUUUUAACAAACAUACGCACACUUAAAAUGUAUGGAUGGGAUAACUGGUUUGCUGAUUGGUUGAAGGAAACAAGAGCCACCGAAGUGACUCACUUAGCGACUCGGAAGUAUUUAGAUGCUUGGUGUGUUUUCUUUUGGGCAACAACACCAACUCUUUUUUCUCUUUGCACUUUUGGUCUCUUUGCUCUGAUGGGUCAUCAACUUGAUGCAGCAACGGUGUUUACUUGUCUUGCUUUGUUUAAUAGCUUAAUCUCUCCAUUAAACUCGUUUCCAUGGGUCAUCAACGGUCUCAUUGAUGCCUUUAUAUCCACCAGGCGUGUGAGCAAGUUCUUGUGUUGUUUGGAGCAUAGUAGAGAUUUUUCUAUAGAUUCUGGAUUUACAUCUGAAGACUUAGCUGUAUGUGUGGAAGAUGCAUCUUGUACUUGGUCAAGUAACGUAGAAGAGGAUUAUAACUUGACAAUAAAACAAGUAAGCCUAAGAGUGCCAAAGGGAUCUUUUGUUGCAGUUAUCGGGGAGGUUGGUUCAGGUAAAACAUCGUUGUUGAAUUCACUUUUAGGCGAAAUGCGGUGUGUUCAUGGAUCUAUACUAUUAAAUGGCUCUGUGGCAUAUGUACCACAGGUCCCAUGGCUUUUGUCUGGAACUGUACGUGAAAACAUUUUAUUCGGGAAGCCUUUUGACUCCAAAAGGUAUUUCGAGACAUUGAGUGCUUGUGCACUAGAUGUGGAUAUUUCACUUAUGGUCGGAGGAGACAUGGCGUGUAUAGGUGAUAAAGGACUAAACUUAUCCGGAGGACAGAGAGCUCGGUUUGCUUUGGCCAGGGCUGUUUAUCAUGGUUCAGACAUGUACCUUCUUGAUGAUGUACUGAGUGCAGUGGAUUCACAAGUAGGAUGUUGGAUAUUGCAAAGAGCACUUCUGGGUCCUCUGUUGAACAAAAAGACUCGUGUUAUGUGCACUCACAACAUUCAGGCGAUAUCUUGUGCAGAUAUGAUUGUUGUGAUGGACAAAGGAAAAGUGAAUUGGUCAGGAAGUGUUACUGAUAUGCCCAAAUCCAUUUCUCCAACAUUUUCUUUAACCAAUGAAUUUGAUAUGUCAUCACCAAAUCACUUGACCAAAAGAAAAGAGACUCUAUCUAUCAAGGAAGAUGGUGUAGAUGAAAUUAGUGAAGCUGCGGCGGAUAUCGUCAAAUUAGAGGAACGAAAAGAGGGUCGAGUUGAAAUGAUGGUUUAUAGGAACUAUGCUGUGUUUUCUGGUUGGUUCAUUACUAUUGUAAUAUUGGUUUCAGCGGUUUUAAUGCAAGGGUCUCGUAAUGGAAAUGAUUUGUGGCUAUCAUAUUGGGUUGACAAGACAGGAAAAGGAGUAUCGCAUUACUCAACCUCGUUUUAUUUGAUGGUUCUCUGUAUCUUUUGCAUCAUUAACUCAAUAUUAACCUUGGUGAGGGCAUUCUCAUUUGCAUUUGGAGGAUUAAAAGCAGCAGUGCAUGUUCAUAAUGCAUUAAUCAGUAAGCUUAUAAAUGCACCUACACAGUUCUUUGAUCAGACACCAAGUGGAAGAAUACUUAAUAGGUUUUCCUCUGAUCUAUAUACCAUCGACGACUCUCUCCCGUUUAUUCUCAACAUUCUUCUAGCAAAUUUUGUUGGCUUGUUAGGGAUUAUUGUAGUAUUGUCUUAUGUUCAGGUUCUAUUCCUGCUUCUGCUUCUGCCAUUUUGGUACAUAUACAGCAAGCUUCAGGUCUUCUACAGGUCUACUUCAAGGGAACUACGAAGGUUGGACAGUGUUUCACGAUCACCGAUAUAUGCAUCGUUCACGGAGACACUUGAUGGGUCAUCAACUAUCAGGGCUUUUAAGUCUGAGGAGCAUUUUGUAGGUAGAUUUAUUGAGCAUUUGACGCUAUACCAGCGGACUUCUUACUCAGAGAUAAUCGCAAGCUUGUGGCUCUCCUUGCGUCUUCAGUUGUUAGGAUCAAUGAUUGUCUUAUUUGUCGCUGUAAUGGCUGUCCUCGGCUCCGGGGGGAACUUUCCAAUCAGUUUUGGUACACCUGGACUGGUGGGAUUAGCGCUCUCAUAUGCAGCUCCAUUGGUUUCUCUGUUAGGAAGCUUGUUAACAAGUUUUACUGAAACAGAAAAAGAAAUGGUUUCUGUUGAAAGGGUUCUCCAGGUAAUGAUUCUGAUUCUUUUUUUGGUUUGUCAACCGAAAUUAAUUGCAGCUCAAAAGAGCCAUUCCUGAGGAAUGUUGUUUACAUAUAUGAUAUGAUGUGGUUCGGUACAAAUUCGUCGUGCCAAAUUAUCCACUUCUACAUUCGCACUACGAGAAAUCAAAGAUAAAGAUAAUGAUUCUGAUUCAUUAAGUAAUUUUUGUAUGUUAGUGUUACUAAUUACAUGAACCAUGCUCUCCUGUGUUAUUAGUACAUGGAUGUGCCUCAAGAAGAAGUUUCAGGUCCUCAAUCUCUCAGCGAUAAGUGGCCUGUUCACGGAUUAGUUGAGUUUCACAAUGUGACAAUGAGAUACAUCUCAACUCUGCCUCCGGCCCUCACCCAAAUUUCUUUUACAAUCCAAGGAGGAAUGCAUGUAGGAGUAAUUGGAAGAACUGGUGCCGGGAAGUCCUCGAUCUUGAAUGCGCUUUUCCGGCUUACUCCUGUUUGUAGUGGAGAGAUAUUGGUGGAUGGAAAAAACAUAAGCCAUCUUCCGAUAAGAGAACUCCGUUCUUGCCUCGCUGUUGUUCCUCAGAGCCCUUUUCUGUUUCAAGGAUCACUGAGGGAUAACCUUGAUCCUCUUGGGUUGAGUGAGGAUUGGAGAAUCUGGGAGAUCCUAGACAAGUGUAAAGUUAAGGCAGCGGUAGAAAGUGUAGGAGGGUUAGAUUCAUAUGUAAAGGAAUCUGGUUGUUCCUUUUCUGUUGGACAGAGACAGCUUUUGUGCCUUGCUCGUGCUUUGCUCAAGUCAUCUAAGAUCCUAUGCCUUGAUGAAUGCACCGCCAACAUCGAUGUUCACACAGCUUCCCUACUCCACAACACGAUAUCGAGUGAAUGCAAAGGCGUAACCGUCAUUACCAUUGCUCACCGCAUUUCUACGGUUGUUGAUUUAGACAGCAUCCUAAUUCUUGAUCGUGGAAUUCUUGUUGAACAAGGAAAACCACAACAUCUUUUGCAAGAUGACUCCUCAACUUUUUCAAGCUUUGUCAGAGCUUCUCAGUGAAAUGUUGUUAGAAUCUGAUCACUUGUAACUUCUGAUCUCUGCUAUAAUUAUCUUGUCAUGGAAAUUAAGAAAAACUAGUUUCAACUGUAGUAGCUCAUUUAUAUGCUCAGUUUUCCAUAAUAAAUGAGUCUUCAUGGACUUGCCUAAUCCAAAUUCAUAAAUAUCUA